CAAAUAUUUGAACUUUUUCGUAUUCCCUCUCUUCGUCUCCCACCUCUCGAUUGUUACCCGGGAAAGUGAAGAAAGAGAUUUAAGAAUGAAGGCGGAAACCCCAAAGAGAAGCUGCUGGAACAAGGAGACGACAGCGAAAAUAAUGAAAGAAUCGCCAACAUCACACUUAUCAGUUCAAUUAGGGCAAGUCUCUUUCAAGGUUCAUCGCGAACAAUCAUCUUUCUCCGACCCUUCACUGUUCCAAAACCUUAUCACUUCCGAUUCGCAACCCCCUUCUUCGUCUACCAUCGAUUUCAGUUUAGAUACCACUGCAGAUGAUAAAGACUUCAUUUUAAGUCAAGAUUUCUUUUGCACUCCUGAUUAUAUUACUCCGGAUACCCAAUACAUCUCGAAUAAUAUAGGGAACAAGGAUAACAUCCUUUGUCCCAAGUCACCAGAGAAGAUAAAAUCUGUCAAAAGACAACAUGAUAACAUAUCAGCAUAUUCUAUUGGUUCCAAUUUGUUUUUCCUCGAUCAAGAUGUGGACUUGGAAGAAGAUAAUCUCGAAGAGGAUGAGGAAAAGCUGGAAAUGAUGGACACAAUGGAAAUUCAAAGGAAACACAGUUAUGUUUCACAAUCUGCUGCAGCUUUAAGAUGCCGUGUUAUGCCCCCUCCCUGCGUAACCAACCCGUAUUUGAAGGACUUGUCUGAAACCGAUAUUGAUCCUUUCUCCAAUCAAAGAUCUAAGUGUGCAGUUAUUUUUCCAUCAGUCAAUACUGGAGAUGGCCUCUCAAGAUACCGAUCAGAUUUUCACGAGAUAGAGAAAAUUGGUAAUGGAAACUUCAGUCACGUUUUCAAAGUCUUGAAGAGAAUUGAUGGGUGCAUGUAUGCUGUGAAAAAGAGCACCAGAGUAUUGAAUAAGGAUACAGAAAGGAGAAAAGCUUUGAUGGAGGUUCAAGCUUUGGCAGCUUUAGGAUUUCAUGAAAACUUAGUUGCAUAUUACACGUCUUGGUUUGAAAACGAGCAACUAUUUAUUCAGAUGGAACUGUGCCCUCAUAACCUAUCCAAUUGCAACCCUUCAAAGUUUUGCACAGAAGGGGAGGUUUUGGAAGCUAUGCACCAGAUAGGUAAGGCACUUCAGUUCAUACACGAGAGAGGGAUAGCUCACUUGGAUGUAAAACCAGAGAAUAUUUACUUAAAGAAUGGUGUUUAUAAGCUUGGGGAUUUCGGGUGUGCGACUCUCAUUGAUAGGAGUCUUGCAAUCGAAGAGGGGGAUGCACGUUACAUGCCUAGAGAAAUAUUUAACGAUAACUAUGAUAACCUUGACAAAGUUGACAUAUUUUCAUUGGGGAUCACCAUAUUUGAGCUUAUAAAGGGAGGAACAUCUUUGCCUAAAUCAGGACCUCUUUUUCUAAAGCUUAGAGAAGGAAAGUUGCCAUUGCUCCCAGGACAUUCAGUCCAGUUCCAAACUCUACUCAAGGCCAUGAUGGACCCUGAUCCAACCCGGAGACCCUCUGCGAAGCAGCUGGUUGAGAACCCGAUAUUUGAUAGAUGCCAAAGAAGUGUUCAAGGCAAGUGAUGAGACCAGGGUUGUGUUGUACAUUUUUGAUAAAGCAAGAAGAAGGGAAAUUCAUUCAAGUUCAUGAUGAUGGAUGAAUGGAUCUGAUGCAGUGAUCAAUUUUUUGCUAAUGGAUCUGGUUUUGCAUAAACUAAAAGAGACAGGACAGGUUAUAGUUGUCUCUUUUGCUGUAAAUUUUGGCUGCUUAAUGCUUAUUGUCUUAACAUAUAUUUGGUAUUGAACAUUACCAGAUUUAUAUAAUUUAAUCUCACGCAAGAUCAUAUU